AUGUUCCCCUCGUCAGCGGCGAUGCUGAAGAAUCUGCAGCAGAGUGCCAUGACCUCGCCUUUCUUGAUGGAGAACCUGCUCCAGAGCAAGGCGUCGCCGGGGACGGACCUCACCAGCUUGACCUUGAACUGGGCGGCGAGUCUCGUAGCGCGACAGCGCGAGAGAGAAUGCGAGGCGAAUCUCAGACUUGUUCGAGACCGGGCCUCCCCCAACGAUCUCAUCCAGGAUCACCUGGAGCAAAGAUCAGGCACGAUCGGUGGACGCGAUCGCAUAAUGAUCGAUUGCGGCGGUAGGGAUCAGCAGCAGAGAUCUAGCGGCGGCGGUAGGUCCGGCGAACGGCAGCACGAUCGGAUGCAGCUCCUUCAACGUGAGAAGGAGGUCUUGGACCGGAGCCAGGGCGUGUACGUCGACAUGGAGAACGAGAGGAUGGAUGGCCCGGUGAUGGUGGACCGGCUGUGCGCGAUGGAGAGGCUCUGCAACGAGAGGAUCGACAAUCGAUCCAAUUCCGGCGUCGAGUCCUGCAACUCGAACGUGGACGAGGACCCGAUCCCGGGCGCGGAGCUCGACGGUGGUCUUCAGCCGGUCGACAGGGACGAGAUGGUGCUGGGCGAGCGCGUCUCCGCGAUCGAGAUAGACAGACGGUACGACCUUGGAUGCAGAAACGUCAUGCACACGUCCGAUGAGAUGACGAUCGUAUCGGGGGAGAGGGAAGCGGCGGUGACGGCGGCGGCGACGGCGGUCGAGCGUGCCGUCGACAGAAUAGGCGAGAGGACCACCGCCUGUUCCUGCGGCGACGAGCAGUGCUCUGGACCGGCGUGCAGGACCAUCCAGGAGAAGGAGAAGCCGCAGCUCAAGUUCAGCGUUAGCGCCAUACUCGGUGGUAAUCAUGACAGGAGGCCGCAUCCCGAUAAUUUUCAAGGGCUUCCGCCGGAAGCGAUACCCGCCUUUUUGCAAAAUCUGCAAAAUUCAGCCGGUUACAAUAUCGCCAAGCCGAUUGCCAGGCCGGCGGCUUAUCACCCUUAUCACAGGCCGAGUCAUCAACCUCCUCAACGACACCUACCACCGAACGCUCAUCACACGCUGCAACAACUGUUCUACAGGGGUCCAUACUUGACAGUUGCUGGCUCCGGGACCGGAAGCCAUCAUCCCGGCACACCCGGUGGAGGUGCCGUGUUUCCGGGAGCCAUUCAGGGCAGUAUCGGCGAUUUUUCCGGGACUGGCCUAGUCUUUCCAUGGGCGACGAACGCGCGCGGAAAGCCACGCCGAGGAAUGAUGAGGAGAGCCGUUUUCUCGGAUCUUCAGCGACGCGGACUCGAGAAAAGGUUCCAGAUACAAAAAUACAUCAGCAAACCGGAUCGCAAGAAGCUCGCUGAGAAACUGGGUCUCAAGGAUUCACAGGUGAAGAUCUGGUUUCAAAAUCGGCGCAUGAAGUGGCGAAACAGCAAGGAGCGGGAGCUGCUUGCGACUGGUGGCUCGCGCGAGCAGACGUUACCGAACAAGAACAACCCUAAUCCGGAUCUGAGCGACGCCGACGGGGAUCGGCCGAGGAUGGAUCUGAGCGACGUGAGCCCGCUCACAAGUCCGCAAAGGCCUGAGGAGCAAACGGAGAACGAAGAGGACGAGGAGAUCAAUGUCACGUGAUAAAGCUCACCGCUGGACUCAACAUCCUCCGUUUGCCCUCCGACGACAAGUGAUGAUAAUUUUCUUAAUCCGUGUAACCACAUAGGCUACCGGCCGGACCAAAAAGAAAAACAAAUUUAAGCAAAACGCAGAUUUGACGGGCACUUGGAAGAAAUCGCGGAAAUCGAUUCCGAGUUUUAAACUGAGUUUUCCAUUUGUACGUCAUUCUAAUAUAUCAAUUUUACUAUCGAUUUACAUACAGAGAAUAUACAUUUCUUCUCGAGACACCUCGGACUACUUUGCUUGCAACGCGAUAUGCUUUACGUCGAGAAGCAUGCGAGAUAUUGCCAAGUAUAUGAAAGAGAUGACUGUUCAUUUUGAUCAUGCACUUUUCAGCUAAUCUUUAUUGGCGACUAUACAUAUUCACGGAUAAUUGGGCUAUUACAGGGUGUCCUAGAUUCAUUGUGCGAGAAAGAUAAUGUGUUAAACACGAGUUGCAUGUGAUGUUUCGUGCCAUUCACAAUUUUCAACGACGAUCUUCAAUUGUUUAGCGAUCAUCGAUUUGUCCUCAAUAUUUUUUUUUUUUUCUCUCAGAGUUACAAGAGUCGUGGCCUAUUAUUCGAUAACAGUAACACGCGUCAUCGCAAAACUGAUCCAAUGCAAAAAUAUGAAUGACGAAUGAGGAAUAAAAAUGAAGAAUGAUGUAUUAUAUUGUAAUUAGCGCGAUGGAUGUACCUUCGAGGAGUCUUCUAUAAGCCAUUGUGUAAGGUUGUAUUAGACGUAACUUUACGAUUCUGGAAAUAUGUACCUAACUCCACUCAUAAUGCGGCCGCACGCGGCCAAAUCCAAAUGUAAUUACAUUCAUUGUGAUUCAAUAUAAUCUAUGUAAUAUAUUGAAAUAAAACUGUCUAUGCUAAGCGAUUUACACUUUCAUAUGAACGAAGUUCCAGAUCUAACUCAUCGACUGUUUCGUUUCGAUAGAUUUUAAUAGAUAUAUUGUUUCCUCCUUUUUUACUCUUCCUCUCUAAAUUUUUUUGCAAAUCCGUGAUUAAGAAUAUAGGAGUUAAGGAAAUUAAUUCAUGUAAGAAUCGCAUACGAAUUUACAAUAUAUUUUUCAAUCGAUAAGAUAUUCAGAAUAUAAAGCUAGAUGAUACGUCAUCUAGUGAUGUAAUUAUUUUUCGUACGAGUAAACAGAGUAGCUUUGAAUCAAUAGAUUGGAAGUGUUACAAUAUUGCAAGCAAAGUUUAAUAGAGUGUAAUAAAGUUUAUAUAAAAU